AUGGACCGCGCCCGCACACUCGCCAGCCCGCUCCUGUUUCUCGCGCUCCUCGUCUCGCCCGCGCUCGGGCAGGGGGCGGCGGACACGACGUCGGAAGAAGAGAUCCUCGACGGCGCCGAGCGUGCCGAUCGGGUGGGACGCGGCGCGCUCGAGGUCCGACCCGACGGCACCACGGGGAUGGGCGAGGACCUCUCGGACUGGGCGAUCCCGGCGCUGGCUGUCCCGGACUUCCGCCCGCGGGCGUCCGACCUCAUCCGCGAGGGCGCGGUGGUGAACCAGCGCCAGGGCCGGCUCGUCGGCUCGACGGGCGGCGGGCACGUCUUCGUCUUCGACGAGGACGAGAACGGCUUCGCGCCCGCCCCCAUGAUCGUCAUGCCGAGCGUCCGCCUCAUGGAGAUGGAGCGCGUCCUCUCGACGCGGGACAGCGUGGUGACGUUCCUCAUCACGGGCGAGGUGUUCGUGUACAAGGGCCGCAACUACCUGAACCCCGAACGCUUCUCGACGCUCGCGAUCGAGCAGGAGAAGCAGGACGAGGCCGCCGCGCAGCAAACGCAGGUCCGCGGGGGCGACGACGUGGAGGGCCUGAUCGAUUCGCUCCGCGCCCAGGCCGAGCACGAAGAAGCCCAGGCGUCACGCGGCACGGCGCGUCGCGGCUUCGCGCGCGACGGGGAACUGAUCGUCUCCAAACUCGGGCGGAUGCGCCGCUCGACGCUGGGCGGCUGGGAAUUCGUGCCGGAGAACGACGCGGAUGAUAUGGGUCCGGGCGCUCGUGCCGGCGACGACGCGCCCCUCACCCUCCUCCCCUGCCGGUUGCUCGAAUCGAUGGAGCAGCACAUCGGCGACACGGACCGGGGCGGCGUCUUCGUCCUGAGCGGGACCGUGCACGCGUACGCGGGCGAGAGCUACCUGCUGCCGACGAUGUAUCGGCUCGUCCGCGAAACCGAGACGGGGCUCGCGAGCGGACGCUAG